AUCCCGGGGAGGGCGGGGAGCGCGGCCGCAGGCAGAAGCGGCUCUGCGCUCCGCCGGCCGGCAGCAUGCGGCCCCUGCUCUGCGCACUGGCCGGGCUCGCCCUGCUCCGCGCCCCGGGCGCCUUCGCCGCUGAUGAACCCUUCAUCCCCUCCCGAGGAGACUCAGCUCAGAGCGCAGGGUGUGACACACACGUGGCUGUCCACAGUCGGCUGGACAUCAUAGAGGAGACGGUGGAGAAGACGGUGGAGCACCUGGAGGCGGAAGUCAAAGGCCUGCUGGGUCAGCUGGAGGAGCUGGCCUGGAACUUGCCCCCAGGGCCCUUCAGCCCGAUCCCCGACCUCCUGGGAGAUGGAGAUGAUCGCUUUUGAGCACCAGAGCUGGAGCCGCCCAGCAGCUGGCAGUGACACGACAGCCCUCCUCUGAGAACAGAACAGGCAUUCUGGCCUGGCUUCCUCAGCUUUGUGCAAAAUAAAACCUACUCCUUUGGUC